CAUUCAUUCGCAGCAGGUGGAGGAAUGAACAUGGAGUAAAGAAGAAACAUUACUACAUACCAGACGAUGGAGCUGUGCUUCGUAGCAGCCCGACGUCGGGGCAGCUAUUAUUCUGUUUAUUUAAGGCCGAAGUGAUUACCGUAAUGUAGUGGAAUAAAAGAGAUGCGAGUGCAAGAAAAUUCAUUUGCAUCAUGUGCCAAAAUGACCGAGGAAAGAAGCGUGAAUGGAGGUCCAGAUAUUCCCAGUGGCAGCAAAAGAGGAUAUUCAGCCGGAGAUAUCGACGGAACCCAAAGUCCCAAUUCUUCAACCAGCGAAGCUGAUAAAUCUUGCGGUAUCGCAGGUGGUAGACUGAAAUUUUUUAAGGAUGGUAAAUUCAUAUUGGAAUUAUCACACCGAACUGAAGGAGAUCGAACAUCAUGGGUUCCAGUGCCCAAAAAAACAUACUGGCCUCCUCCUGCAACUACUGCUACUAGUACUGGUACUCCACGCCAGGAGAGCUCAACCUCACUUAGUGUGUCAGAUGACAACUCAUCUGUCCAGUCAUCACCUUGGCAGCGAGAUCACUGUUGGAAGCAGACGAACCCUCGGCAAGGCAUUGGUAAAGAAAUGACUUUUGUGAUGCAGUCAUUUCCACACAUGAGGCAUCUAAGGAGUCUUCAUUCUGUGUUUCACUGUAUACAAAAGAAGCGUAGAUGCCCUUACGUACCUAUAGAAGUGUCAGUGGAGAAUCAUAGUGGUGUAAUAAGUGCACACGUAAGAGGUGGAAAGAAAGAGCGAAACAGAAUAAAAUUGUUGGAUAUAGUACAAACUUUAUUAGAUAGAGUGAAAGGCUCAAGUAGUAGUAAUGAAAGCACUGUUUGCUCUAAUGCAAGUGGGGCUAUUCCACCAAAUCAUGUGCGGACAGUAACUGUAGCAACGGCAAGACUGGAUCCUAGCAUUAUAUCCCCUAGGAAGAGAAUACUUCGUGAAAUGGAGAGAGUUAGUCUUGAGGACAUGUCGAACUCUAAACGACAGCGAGCUCGUACCAGUAGUGCCUUGCCACAGAACAAUAACAAUGGUAGCAGUGGAAAUUGUACUGUUACGUGCCAAACUCUCCAACCUGGCAGUGCACUUCCGUCUCCUCCCCAGCCUAGUGUCAAAGGCAGUGUGAGUAAUUACAGUAUUACCUCGCUCCUGGGAAAUAGUCGAAAUGAAGACGUACCAACACCUGGACCUCAAGAUACAGACACAUCAUUCCUACGUACUCUCCUGAAGUCUUCAGCGCAACAGGCUAGCAGCGUCGAACAGACUCCCAGACCCAAAGCGGCUUCAAAGCCUGCUGGAUCGAGGAAAUCGUCACCCACACAGCAACAGCAGCAGUCACCUCAACAACUGCCACAAACGCAGCAUUCCCAAAACCAGUCACCUACACAGCAGCAGCAGCAGCAGCAGCAGCUGUCAUCCCCAUCGCGGCUCAGCUCUCCUGCUCUCUCACCAUCACCAGAUAAUCUUCGCUCUGGACUUAGAAAUCCAGUUGUUCCGUCCAUUGGCAGCUCUGCACACCUCUCUCCAUUCCUUACACCUCCACUGAUAUAUCCACAGCUUUCAUCUCCCUUUUUACCUCAUCCUCCUCCGACAUUAAGUCAUCAUCCUUACUAUUCCAGCCCUCCACCUGUAUCUGCAUAUCGUGGAUCUCCAUCACCAGUUCCAACUUUGUGGGUACAAUACCCACUUUCUAGUCUUCCAAGGGGGGCAGUUCAUUACGGACUUGUGGCUCCCUGCCAUGCACCACCUCUUAGUCCGUGCCAUUACAGCCCACUAACGCAACAACCACUGGAAGAGCUGAAGAAAGAAGAUAAUGGUUCAGAUGUUCCUCUGAAUUUGUCCAAACAUUCUGGCUGAAGACUGGCUGAUGUUGCCCACAGCUGAAAAACUGCUGUGCUGGAUAUAUGGUGAGUGUAUCAAAAUAGGUGCAGAGUAAUUCAGUAGUGGAACGUGGUUAAGUAUUCCACAUGUGAUUAACAGCUUUGCAUGCAAGAUACAAAAUUGGGAAACUGUCGCUGAACAAUAGUUUAUGAAUUUGCAGACAGAAAUUUGUUAAAUCAAACUGAGUGUGUUAUUUUUCUUUUAAGUUUUCAGAAUUUUUAUGUGUGAAACAUGGUUAAUAGCCUCUUAACUGAAUUCUUGCUAAAGUACCUAUUAAUUAAUAAGCAUUGUAUUUCUCUCUGGGACUUUUGUAUUAUCUUCUGUGAUGUCCUUCCAGUAUUGCUAUGGAAAUAUAAAAGCUCGGGGCAAAUUGCAUUUUGUUUCACUUAAGUAAAAUAUAUUUAAAAGCUAAUAAAAAACUGGUAAAUAUUUUGAGGAGCUAUGUUAUGUCAUUUAUUUUAGCAUGUAAGUGUUCCUCAAAUUAAUGUGAUGUUUUUUGUUUACUGACAUGCCGGUAAUUUAAUAUUACAGUUAUGCAAUGACAAAGGGUGAGAAGAAUUUUUCUGUUUUUCUCAUUUGUCUGUUCACUGUAGAGUUAUAAGUACACACAACCUCUGAAGACUGAUCUAUGAAGGUUGUGGCCAAAAUGCUCAGAAUAUUGCAAAUUUUGUUAUCACAAUUAUAUGUGACUGGUCAUAUUUAAUUCUUGAUUUCAUGUUGCUUUGGUUGGAAUUGGAAUUAAACAACUGUGAUUCAUGCCUCAUGGUAAAAUUUGUACUACUAAUACUGAAGUCAUAGCUGAUACACCGACUAAUAAAUUUUAUAUAUAUCAGAUAAUUAUUUUGCAUUUUAUGUGGUGAUAAAGCAGUUAAUUGCACAUAAAGCUAACAAGUGGAAUCCCACCUUUAAUAUUAGAAUUCUGUUAUACUUUGUACCAACUGUUACCUGCAGGAAAAAUUUUACAAAAUGAAUGUACAGGAUGCAGUGCAGUUGUUUUGGUAGUCUUAUACGAACUGUUGCUUUUGGGCUGAUGUUGUUAUUAAUAUGCCUCCGUUUGUUUUGUACAGUAUUUAAACUGUUAUAAAAUACAGAAAAUUGAUUGAUUUUAAACUGCUUGCUUGUAAUAAAAUGAUUCUGUAAUUGAAUUUUUCAAAUAACAUACCUUGACUGGAGGUAAUGAUAUGAGCCAUUCUCUCUUCUUCCUGUAUCUGCCAAAGGUGACAGCUGUGAGAUGAGGAAUAUAGUUCCAUCAUAUAUUCAGUAAAAAUGAAAACUUAAUUGGGUUUCUCUAGGGUUGUUAUCUAUGAUAAUUAUGAAGAUAAUCAUGGUAAUGAGUGAAUCAUUUAACCUCAGUUUUAGUCCUUGUUUCUUCAUUGUUUUCUGAUUGUAAAAAUACUAUGUUUCCUCCUUUCCUGUAGAUACUGAUUGAAAGUAGAUGAAAUGCAAAAUGUACUGAUGUGGCCUUCUGUAUAGUCUUGGUUCCCUGUCCAGGUGAAAAACAUUUCUCUGAUGAAUAGGGAGGAUUUUGAAAGAAGUCGUGCUCAUUUUCUCGCAUAGUGGUAUUUUAAUACUGAUUUUUCAGUAAAGCUUGCCAUGUUCUGUGAAAAACAUUUAAAAAUAACAGGAUUUUAGGUAAUGAGUGUGACUGCUAGCAUCAAACACAUACUCUUAUUGUUUUAUGUGCCAACAGUCCAGUACGAAAAGAGUUAGUUUUGUCAAUAUAUACACUUUGGGGUGAUUAUGGUUGGUUGGUUGGUUUGUGGUGGUUGAAGGGACCAGACUGCAAAGGUCAUCGGUCCCGGUGAUUAUGAUAAGGUUGCAUUUUAGUUCAUAUUAGUAUGCAUGCAGCUGUUCUGAUCUUUUAAAAACUCCCUGUUGUUUCCAUGUAUAUUUUGGCCUGUGUUCAUACUGUUUUUCUGCCACUUUGAAGCUGUAAGUGAAACAGCUGGAACAACAUGUGAGGGUUUAAGCAAGUGCCAUAUUCAGGAAUGUUGAGCUUCAGAAAAAAAGUGGCACAUUGGUUAAUAAAGAUUGAAUUUGUUAUACAUAACAUUGUUUGAGUGUGCCAUGAGCAAAUUUGCACAAUAUAUUAAAAUUCCAAGAACAUUGUCCAUAUCUGAUUAGCCUACAGUGUAUGACCUUUCUUGAGAAAUGACUGAUAAGAUUUUCUUGGGUGUUGUGGUUAGAUUGUUUGCCCUUUUUUUAGUUAGGAGGAACACAGAGUUAUGAAAUUGACACAUCUCGGAGCUACUGAGUGCUCUGACUGAUGUACAGAAAUUUCAUAUGAUUCAUAAUACAAGUGGUUUUUUCCUGGAACAUAAAGUCACCUAAAUAAGUUGGAAUUUUGGCUUUAGUGUUAGAAAUGACCAGUAAAAAGUAUCUUGUGAUGAUUUUUGGGCAAAUAAACCUCCUUUCCUGACACGUGUUCCUCAUCUUUCACAACAAAAGCGAUUUGCAUUUCUGAAAUUCCAAAUUCAUUUUAAUUUUGUAUUAUUUGAAACUUUUGUCGGCCUCUCUACACCAAUUCUUGCUGUUUCUAGUUGUCAACACUCUGCUUUUAAAAAAAGAAGAAAGAGAGAAAAUUUUGGAAAGUAAAAUUAUACUAAGCAGUCGUCAAUAUUUUCACCAAUAAAUGAGCUAGUAUUUCAUUAAGUAAUGUUUUAUGCUAAUUUCUCUUCUUGGUUUCCUUCUUUAUCUGAUAAAUUUUUGUGGCUUUUGAUGUUCGGCGUACAUUAUUUCUUAAAUCCUUCCUCUCAAUCCUCUUUUAUUUGUUUCUUUUGUGAUAUGAUUUAUCAUAUUACUGUAUUUGUUGUUUAGAUAUUUCCAUUCUGUGCCUUCUUCCUUAGUAAUAUUCAGCUGAAAUAUUUUUUCAUGAGUCGAUAUCUAUAUUCCUUGUUCCUCGAAAGUACUGAAUAAUAACUAUUAAGUACUCCAUUUAAUGAUUUACUUGCAAUUUAAAUCAAUGGCAGUAUCAUUACCUUCCAAUAUUACAGUUUUAAUUCUUAAAUGGCCAUCAGAUAUAUCAGAAUGUAUUCACAGGCUUAUACAUUGUAUUUUUUUAUUCCAUCAUGUAAUUUUCCCUUCCUGCAGCAUGGACUGUGCAUUAAAUGUGUGAAAUCUUACAAUAUAAGUUCAUGCUUCCUGUAUGUGGCACUUUGUUCUCUGACUAUUGUUACAUUUGAUAUAAAAAGUAGGAGAUGGUUACAUGUUUUCAAAAUUUGAUUCAGCGUGAGGACAGCACAGGUGGAUUACCAUAUGAAAAAAACACAAACAAAAAGACAAAAUAAAUGUGAGGACUUGCCUUUUAAUUUUGUUUUUUCCAUAAAUAUGGGAGACCAAAAAGUGCCUAUCAGAAAGCAGUGUUUCAUAAGUCAUUUCCACCUACCAGGCAAUGUGAAUGGAUUAUUUGAAUAUUAAUUAAUCUAUUAUGAAUUAUAGAAAAGCUUUUUAAAUAUUGUGGGAACAAUCUCUCUCUCUCUCUCUCUCUCUCUCUGUGUCUGUGUGUGUGUGUGUGUGUGUGUGUGUGUGUGUGUGUGUGUGUGUGUGUGUGUGUGUGUAAAGUCUCUUAUAUAUUUUUAAAUCAGUAUUUUCAUACGAAUUCACGUUGUAAAAAUGAUGAAACAAAUGAUUAUGUAUGUUGGUAAUGAAAUUACCAUUUCAAAUUACUAAAUAGUUAUACGAGUGCUGUUGUGUAAGUUUUUGUAAUUGACACUGUAACAUAUAUUUUUUGUAAUUUUUUUUUUUUUUUGUUUCAUUUACUCUUUAUAGUGCUGGAUGGUACUGACUAUAUGUGUUGCUGGCUUCCUGAAAUAUUGGUAACAUUUAAGAUUUGGGGCUCAUUGUAGUUAGUUCAGAAAGGAAUAUUCAAGCAUCACACUGAUUCAAUAGCUGCUAAAACAAAAUAUUUGACUGAAACACUAGGCAGAAAAGUAAUUAAUUUCUUGUAGUACAUUAAUACUGUGUACUGUAUCAGUGACAAAAAUAAUGAAUUAAAAUCAGUUAUCUCACUGUAUGGAGAGCAUUCAUUCUAGGUCCCUGAGUGAAAAUUGAACUCAUAUAAAAGUAUUCAAGUCUGUACACAGGGAGAAAAAUAAUUUGAGAGCUAUGUGAGGAAUUUUUGACACUGUAUCGAUUUAGCAUUUUUCGCACAGUUUUAACAUUUUUUUUUUUUUUCAGUGGUAAGUUUCUCAUCACAGUGGUAAGUUUCUAAUCACAGUUUAUUUUGUCAUCACUGUUGUAUUACACAUGCCGGUAUGAAGAUAACUAUUUCAUAACCACCCACACCACACACACACACACACACACACACACACCAGCAUAUGAGGAACAGUGUGUUUUAAGUACUUAGAUGUUUAUAACAAUUGUUGUCAACAUACUGAUAUCGGAGCAAAUUGUUUGUGACUGGUCACUAACUACCUCCUCCUCCUCCUCCACCACCACCACCACCACCACCACCACCACCACCACCAUCCCCGCCGCCGCCACCACCACCUGCACCUCUUCCUCCCUCUACUCUCACUUUCUGCUAGCAUGCUACAAAGUUUGGACAUUGAAUUUCAAAAAAACAAAGGGGAUGUUGUAGUUAAAACUUAGAAUAAUUGCAUAGAGUGCUGGUCUGAAUAUUUUUUUCGUGUAACCAUAUUGUGGAAACAUUCUUUUCCAUGUCAAAUGACAUACACAGCUGCGUUAAUGACAGUGAUUAUUAACAUAGAUAUACUUCCAAUGGUACAUCAUUAUUUCGCCCUUACUGCAAAACAGGCACUUUGUUGAUCCCUCUGUUUUUAUUGUUUCAUUUAUAAUAGUUAAAAUUCAAGCAUCUUUGGCUAACACCCCUCACACCAUCUAAGCAGUUAAUUUAAUAUUUAAUUUUGUAAGAUAAAUGUAAGGAAAAGUUAAAUUAGGAGCUCCUUUCUGGCUCGAAGAUUAUAAGUUUAUUUGCGUGAAUGUUCUUAAAGAACUAAAAGAUAGUUAUUAGUAGUGUGUGUGUGUGUGUGUGUGUGUGUGUGUGUGUGUGUGUGUGUGUGUGUGUGUGUGUGUGUUCUGUGAGUGCACAAGCAUGCAUGCCUGUUGUCAACUGAACUUGUACAGUAUUCCUGUAAACAAGAUAAUUUUUUUAUGAUGUGCUCUCUACAAUUACGUUUAUGUAAUACAUUUUAUGUGAUAGGAUUUUGUUCUAAACAUUCAAAAAACACAUUUGUACAAAACUAAUUUUCUGUUUUACUUCUGGUUAUUUCACUGUCAAGGGAACCAGCUUAAUUAUCUUUAUUUAAUUUGAUAUUCUUGCCCUAAUUUCAGUGUACAUACUUAUGCAUAUUUAACUCUAUCAUAGUUUUAUAUUGCGUAAUAAAGUGAUGUCUGCAUUGUAAUAGCAAAUAGCUGAAAUUAAUAAAUAUUGUGUAAAAUUUGAAAUUAAAUAUUUUUCUUAACUGAGGGACAACAGUGACUUUCAAGCAAAAGGCAAGGGGAAAUAUAUUUGUUUGUCACAUAUUUUCUGACAUGUAAUGUAAUUUACUAUUUCUGGAUAUGUUUGUAUACUUAGCCUGCUGACUCAGUAUUUUCUUUGUUUCCUUUCUACUGUCUAUGUUCUUUCAUAUUUUCUGCAUGUGUUUACAUUUAUUUUUUUCUGUUCCUUUUCUGUUGUAAAAAGUAAAGUAAGAUGUAUUAAAUGUGAUCUUGUAGAAGAUAUAUGUACAGUCAAAUUAUUUUGUUUUUAUAUUAUUCAUUCACUGUAAGGAAAAGUGUUUUAUAUUUUUAGUAAGCUCGGUAGAAGCAUUAAUACGAAAUAGAAUGUGCUACUGACAAUACUCUGCUUCUGCCACUAUUGUUCCUGGCGGCUAUUUUGACACAUUUGUGACUUCGUGAGAAAAUAAAAUGUUUCCUGUAACACAUUUUUCAGUAUGAAGUAUUUUAGCAUAUAAAAUUUGAUAUUUUUUCUGUUUGGACACACAGAGUGUAAUUAUACAAGACUGAGUCUGACAGACCCAAAAUCUCUUGGUUUUGUAUUGUUUUUAUGAACUGUUGUUAAAGUUGACUGAAAUACAUAGUAUGGUGACCAAACUUUUUUUUAAUCAUCAUUGCGACCAACACACUAAGAAUAUUUCCAAAUAUUACAUAUGAAACUAACAGCAUUGUCAUUAUUAAGUUUUUCUUCUAUUAUCAGUGCAGCACUUGGUUUGGUGCAUAUUGCUUUCCAAAUUCAGUAAUUUGAAGAAGUGACACUAAACUAGA